CCUGGUGUGAGGAAGUAUUUCUCUCAACUUCAACUGGAUGAAAACUCAAUGAACAGAAAGCUCAAACUGUCCAACAACAACAGGACGGUGACACUUGUGGAGGAAGAGCAGCCGUAUCCUGAUCAUCCUCACAGAUUUGAUGACUACUAUCAGCUGCUGUGUAGAAAUGAUCUGAGUGGUCGAUGUUACUGGGAGGUCGAGUGGAGUGGAAGGGUUUCUAUAUCAGUGAGUUACAGAGGAAUCAGAAGGAAAGGAGACAGUAGGGAGUGUAGGUUUGAAGGGAAUCGUCAGUCCUGGUGUCUGGAGUGCGGUUCUGGACAUUACCAUGUCUGGCACAAUAACAGAGUAACAUCCCUCUCCUCCUCCUCCUCCUCAUCCUCCUCCUCCUCCUCCUCCUCCUCCCCCACCUCUGGUAGAGUAGCAGUGUAUGUGGAUUGUCCUGCUGGCUCUCUGUCCUUCUUCAGAGUCUCCUCUGACUCUCUGAUCCACCUCUACACCUUCAACACCACAUUUACUCAACCUCUAUGUGCUGGAUUUAGACUCUGCCCCCCUGGUUCUUCAGUGAGUCUGUGUCCUCUGUAGGACGGACGUCUCUGUCUCUGACAGCAGGGAGUAAUUCUUCUUUUCCUUUUU